CUUCCUCGGUUCUUCUCGCGGAUGCUGCGACCGAGCUCCUGUGCGCGCGGGCUCUGUCAGCGGCUCAACCCCUCCUCCUCCUCCUCCUCCUCCAAAGAUGUCGCAUGAGCUUCUCCUCUCACCGCGGCUUUUCUUUUCUUUUUUUCUUUUCUUUUUCUCCCAGUGCCCUUAACAGUUCACCGAAUCCGGUCAAAUUAGCAGCUCCCACCACCGGCAGCAGCUAGUCCUCGUCUAGGCUCACGGACUGCCCCCCCUCCCCACAACGGAGGUGUUUAAACCCGGCGCAUCCUCUCUCUCUCUCUCUCUCUCUCUCUCUCUCUCUCUCUCUCUCUCUCUCUCCUCAACCGCCGCAGAACUCCGCCGACCAACCGUCAGGUGACCGCGCGGAGCGGAAUAUUCAUCAGCACCGUCGUCGUCUUUCAUCCCUCCACUCCUUCGGACUCCAGGCUGCUGCCGCAGCCCCGGUCCCCCCUCCCCCAGUGUCCUCUCAUCCGGUUUGGGACAGUCUCCGCUCCACGCACACGCAGAUUAACGGGGAUUCUGCCUCCCCGCCCGCGCGCUGAUGCUGAUGUCCUUGAGCUCGGCCUGCACGGUCCUGGUGGUGCAGCAGUAGCUACCUCUGAACUGGAUCUACUUCCUGUCUCUGAUUUAUCAGCCGCCUUUGCCCUGCUCGCCCCUCUCUCCAUCCAUCCAUCAUCCCUUCAUCACUGUCUGUAAGUCCUUCAGCCUGCCCGUCCAUGGACUGGCCGUGACCCUGGAGGGAGGGGGACAGAAACGAGGAAAGAGCAGAGUUGCAGCGGAGACGCAGUACAAGAAAGCUGGAUUCAUUCAGACAUCACGCUUCUGAAGUGGCCCUGCUCGCUGUCCUUGAUCCCCCUCACCCUCCUCCUCCUCCUCCUGUUAUGGAGAAUUAAAGGAGCAGUGGGAGGCUAGGCCAAGAAAGUGAGGAGGAAUAAAAUUAACAACCAACACCCCUUCAUUUCCCUUUAAUAAAAUUAAAAAGGGUUUAGGUGUGUCAAUAUAAACGCACAUUUUUAAGUACGAAAUCAAGACAGAACCGAGAAUCUGAUUGUUGAGCACAUGAGCAACCCUCCACCAACCAAGCGGAAGGGGAACUGAGUUGAGGACAGACUACGGAGAGAACGGAGGACCAAAACAGAAAAAAGAAACCUUACUGACAUGUCAACAACAGCCACAAUGGGUGAAAUGGCAAAUAGCGCGGUGGAGUUUUAUCCCAAAGGGACUCGAGGUGGGGGCGGAGGAGGAGGAAGGGCAGAUGGCAGCCAAGCAGGGGGAGACUUCGGGGUCACAGUGAAUGAGCUCAGGGAGCUGAUGGAGCUCCGAGGGACCGACGCCCUGCAGAAGAUCCAAGACAGCUACGGAGACACAGAGGGGCUCUGCCAGAGACUACAGUCCAGCACUACUGAUGGUCUCAGUGGGGACCCAGUAGACAUCGAGCGUCGGGGCCAAACAUUCGGCCAAAACUUCAUCCCCCCGAAGAAGGCCAAGACUUUCCUGGAGCUUGUGUGGGAGGCCUUACAGGACGUCACACUCAUCAUCUUGGAGGCCGCUGCCAUCAUCUCCCUCGGCCUCUCUUUCUACCAGCCCCCUGGAAAGGAAAGUGAAUCAUGUGGGGACGUGUCGGGGGGAGAGGAUGAAGAGGAGGGUGACACCGGCUGGAUUGAAGGCGCAGCCAUCCUGCUGUCUGUCGUGUGUGUCGUCUUGGUUACGGCUUUUAAUGACUGGUCCAAAGAGAAGCAAUUCCGCGGUCUACAGAGUCGGAUUGAGCAAGAACAGAAGUUCACGGUUGUGCGGAAAGGAAACGUCAUCCAGAUCCCUGUAGCUGACAUGGUGGUGGGGGACAUGGCCCAGGUCAAAUAUGGGGACCUGCUGCCAGCUGAUGGUAUCUUGGUCCAAGCCAACGACCUGAAGAUAGAUGAGAGCUCUCUCACAGGAGAGUCUGACCACGUACGCAAGUCUGUGGAUAAGGACCCCAUGCUGCUCUCAGGUACCCAUGUGAUGGAGGGCUCGGGCAGGAUGCUGGUGACAGCUGUAGGUGUCAACUCGCAGACGGGCAUCAUCUUCACCUUGUUGGGUGCUGGAGAGAUUGAGGAAGAUGGGAAGGAGAAGAAAGGAAAACAGCCUGAUGCAGCUGUGGAGAACAAUCAGAACAAAGCCAAGAAGCAGGGUGGGGGUGUUGCCAUGGAGAUGCAACCGCUGAAGAGUGCAGAGGGAGGGGAGGUAGAGGACCGAGAGAAGAAGAAGACCAAUGUUCCAAAGAAAGAGAAGAGCGUGUUGCAGGGCAAGCUCACCAAACUGGCUGUUCAAAUUGGCAAAGCAGGUUUGGUGAUGUCGGCCAUCACCGUCAUCAUCCUGGUGCUGUAUUUUGUCAUCAACACGUUUGUCGUUGAAGGUCACACAUGGUUGCCAGAGUGUACUCCGGUCUACGUCCAGUACUUUGUCAAGUUCUUCAUCAUUGGAGUCACUGUGUUGGUAGUGGCUGUCCCAGAGGGCUUACCGCUCGCUGUCACCAUCUCUCUGGCUUACUCUGUCAAGAAAAUGAUGAAGGACAACAACCUUGUACGCCACCUGGAUGCGUGCGAGACCAUGGGCAACGCCACGGCCAUCUGCUCCGACAAGACCGGCACCCUCACAACCAAUCGCAUGACUGUGGUGCAGAGUUACAUAGGUGACGUGCCCCACCGUGUGAUCCCGGACCCUGGACAGAUCAACCCCCGGACACUGGAUCUAUUAGUCAAUGCUAUUGCUAUCAACAGUGCCUACACCUCCAAGAUCUUACCGCCUGAUGUGGAGGGGGGUCUGGCUAAGCAGGUGGGCAACAAGACGGAGUGUGGCCUGCUGGGAUUUGUAUUGGACCUACAGCAGGACUACGCCCCUGUCAGAGAGCAGAUCCCUGAGGAGAGACUGUACAAGGUGUAUACGUUCAACUCAGUGCGUAAAUCCAUGAGUACAGUGAUCAAGCUGCCUGACGGUUCCUUCCGCCUCUACUGCAAAGGAGCCUCUGAGAUCAUGCUGAAGAAGUGUUCCUACAUCCUAGAUGCCAACGGAGAACCACGCAGCUUCCGCCCACGUGACAGGGAUGAGAUGGUCAAACAGGUGAUUGAGCCAAUGGCAUGCGAGGGGCUGAGGACCAUCUGCAUCGCAUACCGUGACCUGCCAUCCAAUCCGGAGCCAGACUGGGAAAACGAGGCAGAAAUAGUGACAGAGUUGACCUGCAUCACUGUGGUUGGGAUAGAGGACCCUGUGCGGCCUGAGGUGCCUGAUGCCAUCCGUAAGUGUCAGCGUGCGGGCAUCACAGUGCGGAUGGUGACCGGCGAUAACAUUAACACAGCCAGGGCCAUUGCUGCUAAAUGCGGCAUCAUCCACCCUGGGGAUGACUUUAUCUGUAUAGAGGGCAAAGACUUCAACCGACGAAUCAGGAACGAGAAAGGAGAGAUUGAACAGGAACGCAUCGACAAAAUCUGGCCCAAACUCCGUGUGCUGGCCCGAUCCUCGCCAACUGACAAACACACUCUGGUCAAAGGCAUCAUUGACAGCACCGUCCUAGAACAGAGGCAGGUUGUCGCAGUAACGGGAGAUGGAACCAAUGACGGACCAGCUUUGAAGAAAGCUGAUGUUGGCUUUGCCAUGGGUAUUGCGGGGACAGACGUGGCUAAAGAGGCAUCUGACAUCAUCCUGACCGACGACAACUUCAGCAGCAUUGUCAAGGCGGUGAUGUGGGGACGAAAUGUUUACGAUAGCAUCUCCAAGUUCCUGCAGUUCCAACUCACGGUCAACGUAGUGGCUGUCAUAGUGGCCUUCACCGGGGCCUGCAUCACUCAGGACUCUCCUCUGAAGGCGGUGCAGAUGCUGUGGGUGAAUCUGAUCAUGGACACGUUUGCUUCUCUGGCCCUGGCCACCGAGCCCCCCACCGAGGCCCUGUUGCUAAGGAAACCCUAUGGCCGGAACAACCCGCUCAUCUCACUGACCAUGAUGAAGAACAUCCUGGGCCAUGGAGUGUACCAGCUGGUCAUCAUCUUCACCCUGCUGUUCAUAGGCGAGCGCAUUUUUAACAUUGACAGCGGCCGCAACGCUCCACUCCACUCCCCACCCUCCGAGCACUACACCAUCAUCUUCAACACCUUUGUCCUCAUGCAGCUUUUCAACGAGAUCAACGCUCGCAAGAUCCACGGAGAGAGAAAUGUAUUUGACGGAAUAUUUUCCAACCCCAUCUUCUGCUCCAUCGUUGUGGGGACCUUUGCCGUGCAGAUCGUGAUUGUGCAGUGGGGAGGGAAGCCCUUCAGCUGUGCCCCUCUCAACGUGGAGCAGUGGCUCUGGUGUCUGUUCGUGGGAGUUGGAGAGCUGCUCUGGGGGCAGGUGAUCGCCACGGUGCCGACAGAGCGGCUGCCUUGCCUGAAAGAGGCGGGGCUAGGCCUGGAGCCCGGGGAGGAGGAAGGCGAGGAGAUGGCAGAGGAUGAGGAGGAGAUCGACUGCGCUGAGAGAGAGCUGCGACGCGGACAGAUCCUCUGGUUCAGAGGCCUCAACCGCAUUCAGACUCAGAUGGAGGUAGUGAGCACGUUCAAGCGAAGCGGUUCGUUUCAGGGAGCGGUGAGACGGCGCUCCUCCGUGCUCAGUCAGCUCCACGACAUGCGAGUGGUGAAAGCAUUCCGUAGUUCGCUGUACGAGGGCCGGGAGAAACCGGAAUCCCGCAACUCCAUCCACAACUUCAUGGCCCACCCGGAGUUCCUCAUCAACGACCUCAUCCACAACAUCCCGCUGAUCGACGACACUGACGUGGACGACGAAUCAGAGCUCAGCAGAUACCAGCACCUGCACCCGGCCCUCCGCAAGCCACCGCCCCCUCCCGUCCAGCCCCAGCCCUCGGCCCGCACCCGACCCACCCGCCCCUACCGCCAGUACAGCCUCCCUGUGACCCCGUGCAACCGAAACAACAACAACAACAGCAGCAGCAGCAGCAGCAGCAGCAGCAUCAGUUCAACAGUCACCCACUGCAACAAAAACAGCACCAACGCAGUUACCCCCAGCACCCGGUGCCCCCAUCACCGCCACUGCCACCAACAUCACCACAACCAUCAUGGCAGGGACAGGCCAGUGAAACCCUCCGCCCCUCACCUGGCCCAUCUCUACUGCGUGGAGACCUCCUUAUAACUGAGCUGGGUUCGGGGGGAGAAGGGGAACAGAGUCUUGGGGAGGGGGAGGAAAGGGGUGCGGAGGAGUGGGCUGAGGACUCACACAUGACAUUUUCAUCCAAUCUCCCGAACGACGAGCUAACAAGAGGGAGCGAGGGACGAGGGAGGCACAGGAGGGAGUGGACAGUGGCUGGAGACUUGUGCUCGCAAACUCCCCCGAGAACAUUGCGACUUUCCCUCCCGUUGACCUUGCUCCAGCCCUCUCAGUCUGACCCCUCACACCCCCUCCACCCUCAACCCCCCCCACCCCACCCCCUCCUCCCCCCUAAAGAACCACCCUCCACUGCCCCACCCUGCCAGACCUCAUGCACACUCGUCACACGCACGCACAGGUCUGCUCUCGCUGCGUUGUCCUGAGCGACGGUGGGUUGGGGAGGGAGAGGGGACAGACAUCCAAAAAGAAAAACCACACCCCCUUCAGUAGAACAGGGCCAUGUCAGGACCAGAGGCUGACUCACUCUGUUUCUAUUGGUGUUCAUCAUUAGUGUUGUUACCAUUAGCCACCUCCCUACCUACCUGCCAUGGCACCAUAGCCCCCACCCCCAUCAGUUGUCUGGCUCGAAUCCACAGCCACUUUUAAUUCACCUCUUUGCUUGCAAUAUAAGUAAAAUGCUCUGUUAAAGCUUUAACUAGACAUCAACCCUCUGAUUCAUUUCUUUCAUACAACAUAAUGGUGCUCAUUCAUUUUUUCCAUCCAUUUCUUUUCUCUCUCUGAAAUUCUGAAAUCUUCUUUUUCCGCCAUUCCUUGCUCUCUUUCAAUGUGUGUAUGUGUAUCGUCUCGUCUCUUCUGAAAAAAAAAAAAAAAAACAUAACAAAAACAGAAAUUGCAAACAAAGAUACUGUUCAUUCAAACCUAAUAGUAAAUAGAAUGGCUGCAAAAAACAAGUAAGGGGGUGGGAGGUGGGGGUUACAUACAUAUAUAUGUAUGAAUAUGUAUAUAUAAUUUGAAUGUUUGGGAAGCGAUAACACAGAACUCUAUAUGUUGAUCACUUUUCUUUCUCCAGCCCAACCUGCCCAGUCCUUGAAUGCCGCCCCAUAAAUGUGUCCACCCUGUUAUGAGGUGAUACAGUGUGUGGGAUCUCACAUUAAUUGUACACAUACAUUAGCCCCAUACAGGACUACCUUAAUUUACAGCCUCCUGCCAUGUUGGUGAACUGAUGAUGAGUGUGUGUGGGUAAUAUCGAAGGGCGUCGCCCGCGGUGACAUCCUCUUCCAGUUUCUUCUUUUCUAUUCCAUCACCUUCUCUCUUGCUGUUCCUCUGUCUGUUCUGUUGCUCCCUAUGUUCACUUUGACUCACCCCAUCUGCUCUUUCGUCGGUGUGUGUGUGUGUGUGUGUGCACGUGUCAGCUUUUUAUGGGGAAAAGAGAAGCUGAAUGCUUGUGAAGCAUUAACCCUUUAAACGCCAUCAAACACACAAUGCACAGGCGAUGGCCCUUUAAGACUAACAUACACACUACUCACUUCAAACCCACUCCUGCUCACGUGCCAUUGGGUCAUCUUCAUCGUGUACUUCUCCAUGAGCAUUGUGGACAAAGAAAUUGUUUCAUUUGAUCUGUUGGAUGUUCGAUCACUGUUUGAUGUUGAAAAAGCAACAGACCGCUUGAGCGAUCAGGCCCAUGUCUAAUGUCAGUGUUCAGUUUUAGCUUUAGGCCCAAAGAUCAGAUCUAUCAGGUACGACCAAUGAGAGCUCAUGUGUCAUGUCCUUGUGUCAAAUACUGCGCAUUCCCCAUCAUCAUGAUGUACAAUUAGUUGAUUGGGAUACCUUAAGGGAACAGUUUGAUAUUUUGAAAAAUAUGCUUAUUUGCUUUCUUGCCACUUUUGACGUCUGGGAACCAAAUAUGAGGUAGCAACAGGUUAGCUUAGCUCUCUCAAAGCUUAAAACCCCCUCCAGUCAGAAAUCAGUGUCUCUUCCUGUCUCUACAGCGUGCUGUUUGAAUGCUGUAUGUUCAGAGUUUGACACUAGAAGGAUGUUUUCACAUUCAUCUGCUGAAAGAGGAAAGUUUCUCUGUGCUCAUUGAACAUCUGAUUUUAAGGGGCGGGGCCUACCAGCAGGAUUUGUGACAUCACAAAUAGUCUGGAAGUCAUCCUGGUCCAGUAUGUAACUUGUACAGUGUGAUGUAGAAACUUGAAGCCACCAGUGCCCAUCCACUGAGAAUGGACUUUACAGUGAAGUAGGAGACAUCUUGUGUCCAGCAGGAAAACUUUAGAAAUCAACAACAUUUGUAUAUUCAGAGAUUCUGGAGGUUUUAAUGAGGUAGAAGGAGGAGAUGACUUUUGAAGGCUUUUAAUGUGGAAAUUCUACUUACAUGUAUACACACAUGUUCCAAGCAGACUAUUAUUAUUUUUUUACAUAUGUCUUAAUACAUGUCUGGAGGGGACCUUUAACAAAAGCACCUCUAUAGCUCACUAAUUUAAACCGUAUAAAGCCAGGGUCUCUGUAGGUGUUAAAGAGUCUUAAAAAGCAUUGAAUCAGUUUUCUUAGUAAAAGGCCUUGGAAGGUAUUGAUUCAUUAACAGAAGUCAUUAUGCGACAUUACGCAUUUACAGAUUAAAAGGGGGAUUGUGACAGUGGACUGUGUUGCAGGAGGCUGUUCACUCCUUUUUGUAGAGUUUAGUCAGCACCAGACCUGCAGCAAACACCGUCACUACUGCUAGCUGAAUGCUCAUUGUCUUAUAAUGGGUCCAGGCCAUAUUCAUUAAAUAAACCAUUUGGAAUUAUUGUUAUAUACUGCUGGAAGUGCUGAAAAAUGUGAUGUAAGAAUAAAUAAGUCUAGUCCUUACUGGUUUUUCAUCAUACUUUUUAAUACUUUGGCCGGUAUUAUGGUGAAACAGGUAUUAAAUUGCAUUCUGUGAACACUGCAUAACCAACAACAAGUUGUGGUUUUAUAGAGGGUUAUGUUGCGAAUAAUUUCUUGGUCGGGUUCAGUAACCUUCUGGAGUCUUGUUAAAAUAGUCCGACACAUAAACCCUCUUAGAACCAUUUUUCUGUUCUUUGGUUUUUGUGUGGAUUCUUUACUUUUUUGCUAUUUUCAUUAAUUUCAGUAAUUAUCCCCUUUGAAAUGUUUUUCAUGUACCCCCUGAUCAAUGCAAAACAUUUUUGGUGGAAAGAAAAUGCCCAUAUAAAGAGGUAUAAUACAGCCAUCUGUCAUCAUUAUGCAAUAACUCUAAGAUGGCAUUGUUUUUGAUGAUUUGUACAAUUUAUGGGCUUCACUGAGGAUCUUUGUCAUUCACGGUGGCAGGCAGUGCAGUUUUCACAGUGCAAUGAACUCCUUUCCAGAGGUUUUACUGCAUAAUUGCAUUGAAAAUAGGAAUAUUGAAUAUAAAAUGUGGUAUAUCGAACAUUUACAUUGAACAUUGUAUAAUUAUUUUAGGAAUUUAACAAGACUGAUUUUUAAAUUAACAUUUAAAAGAAAUGUCACACACCCCCUGCAGUACUCCAAACUACCCCUAGAGUUAUUCCCAUUUGAUAAACUGGAUUUAACUACUGAGAUAUAGGAUAUUAAUUAGAUAGCUUUAGAGGUGCUGGUAGAAGGGUUUUGUUUCAAACAGAGCCAGGCUAGCCGUUUUUGUCUUUAUGCUAAGCUAACGCUAACUGGCUUCUGCUUCACAUUGAAUGGACAGGCAUGAGAGCGGUGUCAGUCUCCUCUUUAAACUCUCAGCAAGAAAGCCAACAAGCGUAUUUGUCAAAAUGUUGAACCACCGUUUUAAGACAUAUCACGCUGAAGCUGUCCGAUGUAAAAGGGCAUAAAACUGCAUGUGCACACCCCAACAAUGAAAAUGAAAAAAAAAGAAGAAAAAAAUUACAGAAAACAUCUGGCUAGCCGCCCAUGUGCUGAUGGGUGCAGCGCUUGUGACAUCACAUUCCAACGCCGCCUCAACAUUCCAUGGAACAUACAUUCCAAACGACUGCAUCACAUUCCAGACCGGGUGUGAGAGUGCCCUCCUGUAUCCCAUGUUGCACUAGGUGUGGGUGAACCGCUGACUUCAUGUUGCCUCGGAGCGUGACUGCAAUGCAAACCUGGAACUCCCCCGACCCCUCACCCCCACCCCCACGCCCUUCUUUCUCUCUCUAUCUCUCCCUUCCUUCCUCCCUCCCCUUCCUCUCGGUUAACCCCCGUUGACUUCCCUGAGUUAUCAACUGGUCCCGCCACCAGAGGGAGGCAAGGGCAGACAAUAUGCAACAGACUGCCCUGCCAACACCUGUACCCAGACGUAGGAUUAGAGAUGACAACACAUGCAAACACAGCGAGAGAACAUGUCUGUCCUGCUAGUUCUGUUUCAGGAUGCGCGCAGGGCUCUCUGGGAACACCCUUACCUGUACAGAACUCUGUCUUCUUGAAUGCUCAUCAUCAUCGCCGCCACCCCGACCUGACCUGUGGGAGUGGGCGGGUGGUGACAUUGUAUUGGUCUGUCUGUUUUGAAGCAUGCAUUUGGUAUCAUUAAUGUCACUCUUUAUGUGUUGGUAAAUCAUUUAGGCUACUGUCACUACUGUGUGCUAUGAUCUCUCCACAUCCGCUCUCUUCCUCUCUAUCUCACAAACACGCACACACACACACACACACACACAUACACACACUCAUAUCCUGUUCAAGUCUAACCUAUUCUAUUUCAGCACCUCUUAGCACAGCUCUGUCAAUGCUUUCCUCAAAAAAACACACACACGCACACAUGCACACACGCUCACACACACGCACACACACACACACACACAGUAAACAACAGGCGAAUGAUCUACAGUGGUGUAAAUUUGACUGUCCAGUUCCAGCCAUCUCUGUCCAUCCGUCCAGCCACGUUACAUCAUGAUGUUGUGAGACAGUUUCACAGAAGGCAAAACACAAUGUGAAAAAUAAUAUAUUAUAUUUAUCAAAAUUAUAAAUUGUACAACUGCACCACUACUGUACAGACCGCCCAAAUGUGCACAUGUGCAUCUUUGAUUUACAGGUACUAUGUUCCUGUUACACUUCUUUUUUUAAGUUUUGAUGUUUCUUUCUUUUAAUCCUAAUGCUUUUUGUAAAGAGAGGAACAACAAAAUGGAAGCGCUUGUAUAUUAUUAUGAUUAUUAUUAUUAUUAUUAUUAUUAUUAUUAAUAUUAUUCUUUCUGAUUUUCUCCACCGGUGCUCCCACUGAUGGAUAAAGACAGUUGCACAUUCUCCUGAGCAUAUUCUGAGGGCUGUGUUUUCUGUCCACUGAACAGCCCCUGAAGUGUGCAGAGGUGUGGAGAUGCUUAUAGUCUCUUAAGACCAGAGACACCACUCUGUAAAUAGAGAACAGGAGAUACAAAUGUACCUCAUUAUGAUCUACAGGACUGGACAAAGUGGGGACCCAGGGAGGAUGGAGAACUGGAAGGCUAUGCAGAGCUAGAGACUGCAGUAGUGCAAUGCGCCCAGUGCAUUGUUUAGGCUGCUCUUUUAGAUCUGCUACGAGUAUUUACUGCCAUGUAACGAUGGGAAGAACUUAAGGUUUUACAUUAUUCAUUAUACAUACUGUUGUAAAUAUCGUGUGUAGAAUGGUCCCCCUUCUUGCACAACGCAGUGCUGUUCCACAGACAGAAAAUGCAGCCUUAACUGUGCUGAAAUGAAAAAGACCAAAAAAAAAAAAAAAAAAACCAUAAAGACUAUUGAAUAUAUUAAAGAGUUACCUGCCUGUUAUUUAAGCGAAUAAAUAUCUAUAUAUGAGAAAGAACACACCUGUAUACUGUAGACUAAAUCUGUAUGGAAAUCUAAGAGAAUUUAAUGGGAAUUAAGUCCAACACCUUUUGUCUGUAUGAAAGAAAAAAUACAUCAAAGUAUUCUACAAUAAUAACUUUGACAAAGUC